UUCUUAUGUCCAUUGAAGCAUCAAACAGACAUGCUGCUAAAUACUACUUCUGGAGUUCUGGUUUCUGAAAGCUCGUGGAAGAACACUGAACACAAUCAACUAUUCUAAUUCGAGUAUUUUGGAGGGAAAAUCGAAGAGCAGUUCAACGAAUUUCCAACACAAUUACAGCUAUUCACUCAAUUUUAGUCACUGAUUCAUCAUCCCCAAAUGUUGCUUCAACAGCCCUCACCUUGUCCUAAAACCCUCCCGAACCCCUUUCUCUCUCACCUUCAUCUUCCCCGAAACCUUCUUCCUCGAACCCCUUAUCACUUUCGUCGCAGUUCCUUUCUCCUUCACGCAUCUGCUUCCUCCGCCGACACCAAAAGUCUACCUCAAUCCGCAAUUCGAAGAAUUGCCGAUAAGCUUCGAAGCUUAGGUUACGUCGAAGACGAUAGCAAUAAGCAACAGUCUUCAGCACCAGAAGUAACCCUAGUUACCUCUCCUGGUGAAAUAUUUGUCCCGUUACCUAAUCGUAUACCAAAGUAUCGGGUCGGCCACACGCUUGACCCGAGUUGGAGUACGCCUGAGAAUCCAGUUCCGGAGCCUGGGUCUGGAAAUGCGAUAAGAAGGUAUCAUGAGCUUCGGCGGGAGGUUUGGAAGGAGAAGAAAGAGGAAAAGGUGAAGAGGUCACUAGAGGGAAACGGAGAGAGCGAGAAUGUACCGACAAUGGCGGAGUUGAAGCUGCCACCGGCGGAGUUAAGAAGGUUGAGAGGGUUGGGAAUUGCUGUCAAGCAGAAGCUUAAGAUCGGGAAGGCUGGUAUCACAGAGGGGAUCGUUAAUGGAAUCCAUGAGAGGUGGAGAAGGACUGAACUCGUAAAGAUUGUCUGUGAGGAUUUGUGUAGAUUGAACAUGAGGAGAACGCAUGAUUUACUUGAGAGAAAGACUGGGGGUUUAGUUGUCUGGAGAUCUGGAAGCAUUAUCAUAUUGUACAGAGGAACAGACUACAAGUAUCCUUACUUCUUUGUAAAACCAAAUGAUGCAUCUGUUGAUGAACCAAUGAGUUCAUCUACAAACUCUGAAGAUAGUGGUGUUCAAACAAGAACAACAACUGAGCCAGAGCCACCUUUGAUUCAAGGAGUGGGUUCAAGAACCAGGGUUCGAUUUCAGCUACCUGGUGAGAAACAGCUCAUGGAAGAAUCUGAUCAGCUUUUGCAAGGAUUGGGUCCAAGGUUCACUGAUUGGUAUGGAUAUGAACCUUUACCAGUUGAUGCUGAUCUUCUACCUGCAAUUGUUCCUGGAUACAGGAAACCCUUCAGGCUUCUCCCCUUUGGAGUUCAACCAAAAUUAACAAAUGAUGAGAUGACAAUUCUUAGAAGACUUGGAAGGCCUUUACCAUGUCAUUUUGCUUUAGGUAGAAAUAGGAAACAUCAAGGAUUGGCUGCAGCUAUUCUAAAGCUUUGGGAGAAAUGUGAGAUUGCAAAGAUUGCUGUUAAGAAAGGAGUACAGAAUACUAACAGUGAGCUGAUGGCUAAAGAAUUGCAGUGGUUAACUGGAGGAACCCUACUUACACGUGAUAAGGAGUAUAUUGUUCUUUAUAGAGGUAAAGAUUUCCUCCCAUCUUCAGUUUCUUCAGCAAUCGAACAGAGAAGAAACCAUGGAGUUGAUGAGUUUCAAAGGAACAAAACUCCAAACUCAUCGUCAAAUCCUCCACAAAUCAAUCAAGAUAAUGGAACCCAAAGCUCCUCUGUUGCCAAAAUUGGUGACAUUAAUGACCAAAAACUAGAAAUUGCCAUUGAACAAAGGAAACAAAGGUCACGUGAAGCAGCUAUUAAGAAGACUAGUUCCAAAUUGUCUCAGGCAUUGGAGAACAAAGAAAAGGCAGAGAAGCUUCUAGAAGAAUUGGAGAAAGAAGAAACAAAACAACAAUUUGAAGUAGAUAAAGAGGGUAUCACUGAAGAGGAAAGAUACAUGUUGAGGAAAGUUGGGAUGAAGAUGAAGCCUUUCCUACUUUUGGGUAGACGUGGGGUUUUUGAUGGAACUGUUGAAAACAUGCAUCUUCAUUGGAAAUACAGAGAGCUUGUGAAGAUAUUAUCUGGUGAAUCCACCAUUGAUGAGCUUCAUGCAAUUGCAAGAACAUUAGAAGCAGAAAGUGGUGGAAUAUUAGUUGCAAUAGAACGCAUGAGAAAAGGUCAUGCAAUUAUUAUUUAUCGUGGAAAAAAUUAUAAAAGGCCACCUUCUUUAAGGCCUCAAACACUUCUUAAUAAAAGAGAAGCAUUAAAACGUUCCAUUGAAGCACAACGUACACAGUCGUUGAAACUUCAUGUGUUGAAGCUUGGGAAAAAUGUUGAGGAAUUGAAGCUCAAGUUGGCCAAAAAUGAGGAAAUCUGCAUACAGGGUGAAAAAGAUGAAGUGGCUGAGGCCAAAAAUGAGGAAAUCAGCAUACAGGAUGAAAAAGAUGAAAUGGCUGAGGCCAAAAAUGAGGAAAUCUGCAUACAUGGUGAAAAAGAUGAAGUGACUGAGGCCAAAAAUGAGGAAAUCAGCAUACAUGGUGAAAAAGAUGAUGUGACGGAGGAGCAUGAGAUGGAGAAAAGCUCAUCAAGUGAAUGUAUGGAAGAAAGUAAUACAAAUAUUGAACUUCAUAGUCCAAAUCCUACAACAUUGAAAGAAAUUGAGGUUGAUGAAGAUGAAGAUGAUUUACAUUUUUCAAACAAAAAUGAUGGAUUUUUACAAUUUGCAUCAUCCGAAGAAACAAAUUGUCAAAAACAUGCUGACAAGGAUGAAAGUGCAUCAUUGUUAACCAAUAAAACCGAGUUGCGAGUUACCGAGUCAAACGGGAGACAACACAGAUCGGCUCUUCUUUCCAAUAAAGAAAGGCUGCUUUUGAGGAAACAAGCACUUAAAACCACAAAACGCCCUGUUCUUGCUGUUGGGAGAAGCAAUAUUGUUAGUGGGGUGGCUAAAACAAUUAAAACUCAUUUCCAAAAACACCCUCUUGCUAUUGUGAAUAUCAAAGGAAGAGCCAAAGGGACUUCAGUGCAACAACUGGUUUCAAAGCUAGAGGAGGCAACAGGGGCAAUUUUGGUUUCACAAGAACCGAAUAAGGUUAUUUUGUAUAGGGGUUGGGGGGCUACCACAACCACAACCACAACACGGGAUUAUAAUAAAAAAGUUAAUGAGAGACAUGAAGAUAAAGAAGGGAUUGUUAAAAAGACGAUAAUCUCCCCGGAACUUAUUUCAGCGAUUAGAUUUGAAUGUGGACUGGAGGGUAAUAUAGUCCAUGAGCGUGAAGGAGUUUCUUAGGCUGACUUUUCCUUUUUCCAUUUUGGACUUUGAUAUGAUGGAAUUAGGAAAGGAAUGGAUUGGUUUAUUCCAUUGGAAUGAAAAAAAAGUAAAGUUAGAGGUU